AAUGCUGCAAAAUGCUAAAUCUUUUUCUUUUUCCUAUUUUUCCUCCCCUCAGAAUCAAUUCAUUCCAUAAUGAGAUGAAAUUCAUUCUCCUUCCACCAUAGACGACAGAGAGAUUCAUCCGUUCGGAGAUGAUGACAUGAAUGAAAUUCAUUCCUCCCCUUUUCCUCCAUUAAAAAGGCUCACCAUUAGCUGCUGCUGCUGCUAAAAUCACAGAGGAUUCAUUUCUUCCUCCUCCUCCUUCAUCAAUCCUUGGAGGAAACAGACAGUGGGCAGGGCAGUCUGCGGAGAGCAGCUGAGCCAAAGGCAGUAAUGGGGUUUUCGGUUUCAUCCCAUUUGCAGCUUCUGCUGUUUGUCCUGCUUUCCUCUGCUCUGCAGACCCCCACCUUUGCCCUGAAAAAGCCUUACAUCGUGUACUUAGGAUCGCACUCUCAUGGCACGAACCCCACAUCGGCCGACAUCGGCAGCGCCACCAACUCACAUUACAGCUUACUUGGUUCGCUCCUCGGGAGCACUGAGAAGGCGGAGCGCUCCAUCUUCUACUCCUACACCAGAUGCAUCAACGGCUUCGCAGCGCUCCUCGAAGAAGACCAAGUUGGGGAGAUCGCGAAGCAUCCAGACGUGAUAUCAGUUUUCCCGAGCAAGGGGAGGAAGCUGCACACGACGAGGUCAUGGGAGUUCAUGAGAUUAGAAAGGGAUGGAGCGAUUCCUUCAAAAUCGAUAUGGAACAAGGCACGAUAUGGAGAAGACACGAUCAUUGCCAACCUUGACACAGGCGUCUGGCCCGAAUCUAAGAGCUUUAGUGACGAAGGGAUAGGACCGGUCCCAUCGAGGUGGCGGGGAAUCUGUCAGCAUAACUCUACAGACGGGUUCCGUUGCAACAGGAAGCUCAUCGGCGCGAGGUACUUCAACCAGGGGUACGCUGCUUAUGCCGGCAGCUUGGUCUUCAACUCGGUGCGGGACAGUGAAGGUCAUGGAACCCACACUCUCUCCACAGCAGGGGGCAGUUUUGUCAAGGGGGCCCAUGUGUUCCGUCAAGGCAAGGGGACUGCCAAGGGAGGAUCGCCCCGGGCUCGUGUUGUAGCCUACAAGGUGUGCGGGCCACCGAUAGAUGGCCAUGAGUGCUUUGAUGCGGACAUCCUUGCAGCCUAUGAUGCGGCCAUAGGCGAUGGGGUGGAUGUGAUAUCGAUGUCGCUCGGAGGGGAUCCCGCUGACUUCUUUGAAGACGGGAUAGCCAUCGGAUCAUUUCACGCGGUCCAGAGCGGGAUCACGGUUGUUGCCUCUGCAGGGAACUCUGGGCCGUCCCCUGCCACCGUUUCCAAUGCCAGCCCCUGGUUGAUCACCGUGGGGGCCAGCACGAUCGACCGAGAGUUUACGAGCUACGUUUCGCUUGGCCCAAAGAUGCACUUCAAGGGUGCAAGCCUUUCAGAUAAAGCCUUGCCAGAAGAGAAGUUCUAUCCAAUCAUCCGUGCUGCGGAUGCUAAACUUCCGGGUGCUCCUGAUGUAGACGCUGAUCUUUGCAAGGAGGGCACCCUCGAUCCGCAGAAGGCAAAGGAGAAGAUACUGCUCUGCCUCCGGGGAGAUAACGCGAGGGUCGACAAGGGCCAGAAUGCUGCUUCAGCUGGAGCUGUCGGGAUGGUCUUGGCAAAUGAUGAGGCGAACGGGAACGAUAUCACUGCAGAUGCGCAUGUCCUUCCAACUUCGCACAUCACUUACGAGGAUGGGCAAGCACUCUAUGCAUACAUCAAAUCGAACAAGGCUGCGAUGGCUUACAUAACCCGAGUAAAGACAGAACUAGGGAUAAAGCCCGCACCGUUCAUGGCUUCGUUCUCAUCUCGGGGACCUAACAUGAUCGAGGAAGGGAUUCUCAAGCCUGAUAUCACUGCUCCAGGGGCAAACAUCAUCGCUGCAUUCACGAAGGCAGCAAGCCCGACUGACCAACCAUACGACAAGCGCCGCACGCCUUUCAUCACGAUGUCGGGUACCUCAAUGUCAUGCCCUCACGUUGCUGGUGUCGUCGGUCUCCUGAAGACCAUGUACCCGCAUUGGAGCCCUUCAGCGAUUAAAUCCGCAAUCAUGACCACCGCCAGAACGCGAGAUAACAACAACAACGAGACAAUGCUAGAUGCGUCCUUCAAGAGAGCUACUCCAUUCGACUAUGGUUCCGGGCACAUAAGACCAAACCGGGCCAUGGACCCAGGCCUCAUCUACGACCUGUCAGUCGACGACUAUGUCAACUUGCUCUGUGCCGAGGGCUACAACAGGAGCCAGAUAGCGGUGUUCACUAACAAGACCUACGCAUGCCCCGAGAAAGCCCGAGUGGCAGACCUCAACUACCCCUCGAUCACGGUCCCCAACCUCGGGGACAAGGGGAUCGUCGUCAACCGGUGGGUGAAGAACGUGGGGCCUCCUGGCACAUACACUUCUCGUGUCAGGGCUCCAGUGGGAGUGUCAGUCAAGGUCAGCCCGGCAGUCCUGACGUUCGAGAGGGCUGGGGAGGAGAAGACAUUCAAGGUGGUGCUGAAACCGAAAGAGCCCCAGAAGCCCCUGGACUACGUGUUCGGGGAGCUGGUGUGGUCGGACGGGAAAGGGCAUGUCGUGAGGAGUCCCAUAACUGUGAAGCACGUAUGAUGGAUGGGGGUUAGAGAUAGAUUAGUCCCAUAACUGUGCUUUGGAUGUUCGUGUUGGGUUUUGGUAAAUAUUUUGCCUUAGAGGAUUAAUAGUCAAAUAUUGAUUUCCAUUGGCGGGGGGAAAAGGGUGAAUUAUUGGUCAAUUUUUACAUUUUUAGAUGUUAAUAAUAAAAGGGUUGGUGAACAAUUCUCAA